GUUCAUCAGAACUCUCAUCAAGCCCGCAUAACCUAAUACCCAAUCAGAAAGGACCAUCAUUACUCUGUACCUAUCUUUACUGCAUAUCAUUCGUCCUGUUUCACAUCCUUGUUCAGCCAUUUCUCAGCCUUCUGGAGGCAGCGACCGAUAUACACGUCGAUUUCAUUUUGCUCACUUGAGUAAUGGAUAGGCCGUAACUACUGGAAGAGCGAUAUAAUCUCGAUGUAUCUCACAUCGGGGUUGCUCCACGAGUUGAUAUGAACGGCCUAUUCCUUUCCACAACACUAGAUCGGACCGGGGUCCACGUAAAGCGCAUAUCCGUUGGUGCCUCGAAGAAGUCGAUUUUCGGAGGAAAGAAAGAUAGUGAGGAAUGGCAUCAACAGAUCGAGUUUACAGCAGGAUUUCUCCAUCCGUCGGAUCAACGCUUUCCUUGUGAACUGCUGAGGAAACACACCGACCAAUAUCUCAAGAGGAAAGGCAAGCUCACGCAGCAAGAAGUCGACAUACGACUGUCCUCGCUGAUCGAUAGCCAUGAAGCUCGAGAUGUCGCUGUGGCGGCAUGCGCUUAUGCCAUGUCUCCUACGUCGGUGCGAGCUCUACUAAAUGUUAAUCUUAGUGUCACGCCUACAACCUUCUUCGGCCUCGAGGCACAUCUUCAAUCUCUUAUCGCCGCCAAUGGGUGUAAUCCGGGGUCAGUGAGUGAUCAGGAAGCAUCAUGGGCAAGACAACUACUACCAUUCGUCUCUCACGGGCUAGGUGCAGCCGGGAAGUUUCUCGAGGGUGUUUGUACUAUUUUGGAUAAUAACACCAUCUACAAUAUGGACCACCUUCCUGAUUUUGCCAUCCUGACGCGAAGUGCGUUCGAGUCAUUUGCCUUGCAUCUGGAGGGAUUGAGACUCAAGUCUCAGUGGACAACCGCCCGCUCCGUUACUGCGUGGUUCGGCAAGUACGCAAUCAACGUGCCUUCGACUUCCCGAGACAAGACUUUGCGAUCAACCAAUUUACUGGAUUCCCAAUUCCCCUCGUGGCGGGUUUGGUCGUCAUGGGAGCCUAACUUGGAUCGGGUCUGCAUGCUCGAUAGCAUCAACAUUAUGAAGCGCGCCGUGUUACCGGAUAUAAUGGCUUUAGACGGGCCCGACUUCAUUAUUGGAAACAACAAGACUUUGAAGGAAGGACUUAUUGCACAGUAUGGUGCCACCAAGUCCAUCGUACGCUUUCGAGGGUUGGUGUUCGAAGUCACAAAUUGUAAAAGAGAAGAACUAAAGGAAAUUCUCGAUCGCCUAGACGAAGUCCUGACGGGCGUACUUCAAUCGAGCGAUGAAUCAUUUGAGGCAUUCUUCCGACUUCUAAAUGCACGCCCAAUUAUUGUCGAAAGUCUACAACUUUUCAAAGCCGUGGAGAAUCUCAUUAAUGCCUCCGGGUCUUGCAUACAUGAUGCUGUCCUCACGUUAUGGACGUCUAAGAAUGAUAUCGGAGGGUUCCACAUCGACGAUCUAUCUGAUCUCAUUGUCGCUUUUGAACAUCCGGCAAGUGCAGAUUUAUGCAAGUUGAUGAUUCGAACGUGGCUCGUUCAGGGGAUUGAGACCUGUAUCAGAGAAUGCCGGACAGCGCUUCGAACACAUAUUGACAAUCGCCUUGAGUGGCACCACCUGGCGGACGAAUUGCAUUCUUUCUUCCUGGUCCUCAAGAGCUCAACUAAAUGUUAUUUCCUGCUGGAUGUUUGGUUGAGAAAGCAUUUGGAGUUACUACCAUCUCCUGAGGAUUUCAAGAUGAUAAUGGAAAUUUGCGCUGGAAAUGACGGGAGGAAAAUUACCACCACACCAACCGAAAAAGAUGCACUGGAAGAGGCGGUCGCAGCACUCUGCACGGACCGCUUGAUAGGGGGCCCUCCUAUUGGAGACGCGUCGCAGCGGAUCAUCGAUGCCAUACUCGAUGUCUGGAAAGGAACGAAAGAAAUCGAGCGACGCCGCCUAGCUUUGGUCAUCUGCAAAAAGGCCGGACUAGAUUACAUUCUAAAAUGCAGAUGCCUUGCACAAAUCACACUCUUACCUGGGGACCUAGUCAAGCCACUGUCUGAAUCAACGGAUACCUCAUUAACAGGCAAAGGCGAAAGCUGUGUCAAACUGGUCAGACUACUUGCGCAAUGUACCGAUCGAGAUAUAGUCCAGUGCUGGCGUGGUGUUCUCUUCGAGCAAAUCUGCGAGUCUGCUGAUAAGCUUGCCGAUUAUUUGCUGCAGCGAUUUGAUGCUUCUGCGUGGACUUUGCACAUGCUGGACAUCUAUGCUCUCUUAGGGGACUGCAUGAUCUCGUCGCCGAAGAGCGCGAACUCUGCAGUGCUCCGGCUAGAUACUCGUUUAUGGGUCCAAAGUGUAUCAGGAUUCAUCCCUGUCAUUACACGACUCGAGGAAUAUGUAGGCUCGAACAGAGUCCCGAUUCACUGCAUAUUGAACGGCGGCGAAAUUCAAAAGAAAGAAUUGCUCCUCCAAGAGCUUGGGGCAGGGGUACCUCUCGAGCGAGACUGUAUCCUUAGAAUCUUGAAAGCCCUUAGAAACGCUCAAGAUCAUCCUAAUGAGAAGAUGAUGCAGUUCGUAGCUUCCAAACUCAUCAAGAAGAAAGAAGUCACGCUCGGUGUCGCGGAGGCCCUAGAAGCAUUGCUUACUAUCACACAAGAAGGAGCCGAUGCGUGUCAGAGAAUCAUUGAUCUUCAUCAGAACAAGGCAGUGUAUCGACUUGUUACUGAAGUUGUACUGGCCGGUUGGGUGCAAGAUGACGAUAUGUGCGAUAACGACAUUACCGCCCUGACCGCGAUGGCACGAGUUCUUGGUCUGGAAGUCCUCACUGGUAAAAUCCCAGAUGCCCAUCUGAUCGCUGCGAGCGAUUACUUCGCGCCAAUCACCAAAGCCAUUGUUGAUGAAGCGGAUCGAUUGGCGGAUGUCAAAUUAGCACUGAAGUCUCGAGAUCCAGUGGGUACCGCACUGCUCUUGGGAACACUCAACAUCGAAGAUACAACACCGUUAGACGAUGAGUUAGCAUUGUUGCCAAUUACUAUGGCUAGUGCCGUCGAAAAACGCGGCGAUAAGGAGAUCGAAAUAAGUUUCCCAUUGUCAUCGUUGACAGAAAUGCAGCGCACGGCGUUGGGUCUCCGCGAUUCCAAGAAUCUUCUCCUUCGGUUGUUCAUCGAUUGGGCAGGAGAAGUACCCACAGGCUUCUGUCUGCAUCUAGAUGAUGAAUUUGAUACAGCCGAUGCCGACAUGGAACAUCUUAGCCCUUGGGUGCCUGCCCAUGAGGCGGAGGCGCCUGAGCUCGUUUACUGCCGGGGCCGCAACAGCGCUCUGACCUGGCAGUUAAACCGUAUUUUGCAUCAAUACAUCAAGCAAAACGAUCUGAAGAUUGCUUCACUACACACCUUCCUUAGCGGAGAGCUUCUUAAACUCGCAUAUAAGUGUGUGGUAUGCGGAUCCAGCCACGGGGCUAACAAUACGCAAAUGCGAAGAGCAAUGCCGUGCCAAACACCAUCAUGUAGUACGAUGUGGAACAGGCUUCCUCUAGAUAUCCGCAUACCCGAGCUACGCUCCGAUGUCUUUGCUGUCGACAUGCUCCUAACGGCUGUAUACGUGGCUGCGAAAGCCAACAACAUGGAACUUCUCCCAGGAUGCCCAAUCACCAACCCCCAGUUUGUGAUCAAUGUUCUGGAGGCUCUACCGCCGUUGAGUAUCCUACGAGAUGCAGUCCACCUAUCCCUUAUUCUCAGGGAAUAUCAUUACAAUGCUGAGGUGUUGUUAACAUGGGCCUGCAGCCACUUCCGCGGCUUCAUUGCGUCUGCGAGGGGCAAUUGCAAGAUACCUGGGCUCCCGGUUGGGACACAUCAAUUUGUGCUUGCAAACGCAGCGCCGCAUCUAGAAGUCGGAUUCGCGAGUACCAUGACGGCCUUCAAGUCGAGCACUCGCGUCCUCUUCCACGGCACAUCACUGGACCGUCUACCAGCCAUCCUCGCACAGGGACUUCGCAUCAAGUCCGGGACUGCCCUCCAACGCACGGGUGCUGCCCACGGAAAGGGCGUGUACCUUGCUGAAGAACCUUCUACCUCGGCCGUGUAUUCACCCUCGGCGCUCAGUUGGCGGAACAGUGGGCUGAGCAAUAUGAGGCUGUUGAUCGGGUGCGAAGUUUCUGGCCCGGGCAACUCGAAGGGGAAUGGUAUCCACGUUAUCAAGGAUGAGAAGAGUAUUCUUGUUAGAUAUAUCUUCCUGCUACCAAAGAGUUCCAGUACGCCCGUAAGCCAGCAUUUGGUGCCGGCAAUGUCGAGUACGAUGGCAGGGCUGAGGAGUGGAGCCAUAUAGAGUAGAUGAUAGUGUGGAAUUUUUGUGGCAUUGUUUUUGCGGCAGCAUGUACUUGGUUGUGAUUUAUUAAGACGUCAUGGAGGUAGCAUAUUGGCAUUAUUCGCAAGCAUUGGAGGGAUUU